AAUACGCUUGCAGGCAGCAGACCUGCCAUAUUCCAUACUUGGCUUAUCUACUCACGCGCUGCGCUUCUUCUUCUUCUUCUUCUUCUUCUUGUUCUUCUUGGGAGGGAAGAAGAAUGAGGACUGCAGUGAUUGGUUCCGGGAUUACUGGGCUUGUUUCGGCUUAUGUUCUUGCACAAGCUGGAGUUGAGGUUGUCUUGUACGAGAAAGAAGACUACCUUGGUGGCCAUUCUAAGACUGUUAGCUUUGAUGGCGUUGACGUUGACCUGGGUUUCAUGGUCUUCAAUCGGGUAACAUAUCCAAAUAUGAUGGAAUUCUUUGAGAGUCUUGAAGUGGAUAUGGAGUUGUCUGAUAUGUCAUUCUCAGUCAGUUUAGACCAUGGCAAGGGUUAUGAAUGGGGUACCAGAAAUGGCCUGUCAGCUUUGUUUGCACAGAAGAAGAAUCUUGUCAAUCCACGCUUCUUGCGAAUGCUUCGAGAACUAGUCAAGUUUAAGCAUGAUGUCCUCAGUUAUCUUGAGAUGCUCGAAAACAAUCCUGACAUUGAUCGAAAUGAAACGCUGGGGGCUUUUAUCAAGUCCAGGGGUUACUCUGAUGUAUUUCAGAAUGCUUAUCUUAUUCCAAUGUGCGGUUCCAUAUGGUCCUGCCAUUCAGAAAAAGUUAUGAGCUUUUCAGCUUACUCCAUACUCUCAUUUUGCCGUAAUCACCAUUUACUUCAGCUCACUGGCCGCCCGCAGUGGCUUACUGUCAGAUGGCGGUCCCAAACUUAUGUCAACAAGGUCAGAGAAAGGCUGAAAAGCUGGGGCUGUCAAAUCAGAACUGGCUGUGAGGUACUCUCGGUUUCCACCGAUGAAAAGGGUUGCAGAGUAUUCGGUGGAGAUGGUUCUGAAGAAAUGUUCAACGGUUGCAUAAUAACAUCUCAUGCCCCGGAUACUUUGAAAAUGUUAGGAGAGCAAGCAACAUUUGAUGAAAAAAGAAUACUCGGUGCUUUCCAGUAUGUGUACAGUGAUAUCUUCCUUCACCGCGAUGAAAAAUUUAUGCCCCAAAACCCAGUAGCAUGGUGUGCAUGGAAUUUCCUAGGGAGUAAUGACAACAAAGUAUGCCUGACAUAUUGGUUGAAUGUGCUUCAGAAUCUUGGUGAUACUGGUCCACCUUUUUUAGUGACGCUCAAUCCAGAUCAUACACCAGACCACACAUUACUUAAGUGGACAACCAGCCAUCCAGUCCCAUCUGUAGCUGCAACAAACGCUUCACUUGAGUUUGAAAAUAUUCAAGGGAAGAGGGGACUUUGGUUUUGUGGAGCAUACCAGGGUUAUGGUUUCCAUGAGGAUGGACUGAAGUCUGGCAUGCUUGCUGCACAUGGUUUUCUUGGAAAAAGUUGUGCUCUUCUAAGCAAUCCAAAGCACAUGGUACCUUCUCUGUUAGAAAUUGGUGCGCGCUAUGUUGUUACCAGAUUUCUUGGACAUUUUAUCUCUGCCGGAUGUUUAACUAUAUUGGAGGAGGGAGGCACAAUUUUUACCUUUGAGGGAACGGCUAAAACAUGUUCUCUGAAAGUUGUUCUGAAAGUUCACAGUCCCCAGUUUUACUGGAAGAUAAUGGCACAGGCUGAUUUAGGCCUUGCAGAUGCAUAUGUCAAUGGUGAUUUUUCCUUUGUUGAUAAAGAUGCAGGUCUUCUAAAUCUUUUCAUGGUUCUCAUUGCCAAUAGGGAUAUUAAUAAUUCUGUAUCGAGAUUGAAUAAGAAAAAGGGUUGGUGGACUCCAAUGUUAUUCACUGCUAGUAUUGCAUCUGCAAAAUUUUUCAUCCAGCACGUUUCGAGGCAAAAUAAUCUUACACAAGCUCGAAGGAAUAUCUCUUGUCAUUAUGACCUGAGUAAUGAUCUUUUUGCAUUGUUCUUGGAUGAAACAAUGUCAUACUCCUCUGCUGUAUUCAAGACGGAAGAUGAAGACUUGAAAGAUGCACAGAUGAGAAAAUUUUCACUUCUGAUAGAAAAAGCAAGAGUCGAUAAGGAACAUGAAAUUCUUGAGAUCGGUUGUGGUUGGGGAGCCUUAGCUAUUGAAGUUGUCAAACGGACUGGAUGCAAAUACACCGGCAUCACUCUAUCUGAGGAACAACUGAGGUAUGCAGAAAGCAAAGUGAAGGAAGCUGGCCUUCAGGACCGUAUCAGAUUUCUGCUUACUGACUAUCGCCAGUUGCCUAAAAACUAUAAAUAUGACAGAAUCAUAUCCUGUGAAAUGAUAGAAGCUGUCGGCCAUGAAUACAUGGAAGAGUUCUUUGGAUGUUGCGACUCAGUACUGGCAAAAGAUGGGCUUAUUGUCAUACAGUUCAUAUCAAUACCAGAAGAACGUUAUGAAGAGUACAGGCGAAGUUCAGACUUUAUUAAGGAAUAUAUAUUUCCCGGUGGAUGUUUGCCAUCAUUAACAAGGAUAACAUCAGCAAUGGCUGCUACAACAAGACUCUGUGUGGAGCAUGUGGAAAAUAUUGGACUUCAUUACUUUCAAACACUGAGAUACUGGAGAAAAAAUUUCUUGGAGAAGCAAAGCAAAAUUCUGGCUUUGGGAUUCAAUGAAAAAUUCAUUCGAACAUGGGAGUAUUAUUUUGAUUAUUGUGCAGCUGGUUUUAAGACACAUACACUUGGAGAUUAUCAGGUUGUUUUUUCACGUCCUGGCAAUGUGGCUGCUCUUGGCAAUCCAUACAAAGGAUUUCCUACAGCAUCUUAUUAAAUUUAUCUGCUCAUAAGGGACAAAGUAUCAUCUCACUGAAGCCCGCACAAAUGCUAGUUCCUUGCUUUCCUAUAAUUAAUCUGUCUUUCAGUUAUAUCAAUCCCAAGAUUUAAGAGGAAUAAAUGAGUCUUGAUGAAUUCAGUCGGCUUGUAAUUGGAUUCAGACCUCAAUAUAUAAUAUCUGAGUUUUCCAA